UAGCUAUAUCAGCACACUCGGCUCCGCGCGCCACACUCCUGCGCAUACUAACAGGUGAGGUACAACCUGAGUCCCGUGACUUCGUGUGAGUGAUUGUGUGUGCAAGUACUUGAAUCUCAUAAACCACAAUGCAGACCUCAGUACUGUGCUUCUUGGUGGUGGUGGCUGCGGUGGCUGCGGCUCCCCAGCGUGAAGGUGCUGCCUACACCAACGAGGCCAUCAAACAGGCACAGAACACACACCUCAUCCCCAAGGAUGCUGUCAUCCAGAAGGUACAAGAAGGCAUCGAGCUAGCCGCCUACCAGUCCAUCCCCGCCAACCAAAGGAUCAACCUGUACGAGAUCCUCGGAGACCAGUUCCCUUCAGAGGUCAUUAACAACCUCCAGGGCCAAAUUGACCAGAUCGGAAAACACUAAAUGGAGUUUAAGGGAGAAGCUUGGUUAAGAGUUAGCAGCGGCAAAGAUGUGAACAGAAGAGAAGUUAGAUUAUAAAGGAGCUAAAUCCAAUGGAAGCUAUAUUAGCUAACUGUUGUAUAGUUUUUGUAUCUUCUGUUAUUGAAAUUUGAACAAAUCUUGAUCUACUGUCCUUGCUAAUUUGAGGUUCAGUUUUAUAAAGUCCGUUUCGACUAAACCUUAAUUCCAAUCCAAAAAACAAUGAAUUGUAUCUAAUUUACGAAGUUCUUUUUCGAAAAUCGAAAACAGUGUUUUACUCCAUGAAGUCACUUUCGUAAAAGAAAUACGUAAAACAGAUAUAAAUCGAACGGUCUUUUUUAAUGGAAUUUGACCGAAGUUGUAUUUAUAAAUCUGAGCCUCACAAGCUCUAAUUCGUUAAGUUAUUGUUAAUGCAGUACAAUAAGUUGAAUGUGAUAAUGAACAUUUUGAUACUUUUGUAAAUAAAAUAUUAUUUAAAAUUAUACCAGUUUUACAAAGUCGGUUGUUUGUGUGUAUAGUUGCGUCACCGAAUUGUAUGGGAAGUAGAUGUGUUGCGCAAGAGUUGCAAGAUGAUACAUUAGAUGCGUUACGUGUAUUAGAUCUGAAUAUUCAUACACUUUCAUAUUACGUUGACAUAAGUUAAUGUAUGACGAAAUUUGGGGACCUCAUGUGCCCCAAACGUGACUUUUGACAGCAAUUCAGAUCUAUUAGAAUUACCGGGAUCGUAUUCUAUGUAUAAACAUAUACAGAUUUUUAGAACGUCAAUGAAAGUUCGGUUUUACGGACCUAAGCUAGUAGUAAUUUUACAACAGGUCCGCAACGCCGCUGAGUCUAGCGCGACUAUCCCUCCUCUAAAGUGGAAGAGGCACGAUUUUGCCACGAAUAAACAAAAGAAUAGUCAGUAGACAACUAUAUUAUUAAAUUACUUGAUAUGGCAAAUGUUUCCUUCCCAAUGAUGAAUCAAGCAAAAAGGUAAAAAUCGUAUAAUAGUGAAUUUUCCGGUACCUAAAACAUUGUGUUUAUCAAUGAUGGAAAUAAAUAACCCGCUUUUAUAACUGAA